AUGCAAUCGUUAAACCAUUUGGUUAAGGCAGGUAAAGUAUUCUAUUUAGGAGUAAGUGACUCAUCUCCAUGGGUUGUUACGAAAGCCAGCCAAUAUGCAAGAGAUCAUGGACUUCGUCAAUUCUCAGACUAUCAAGGUCUUUACAAUGCUGCAGAGCGAGAUGCAGAACGAGAAAUUUUACCAAUGUUACUAGAUGAAAGUUAUAGAAAAAUAACAACUAUAAAACGUAAUAAGAAACGAAGAGAACGUGAUUCGGAAAUCUUUCGUAAUAUUAUGAUAUCGUUUAGUGUUUAUUUUCUCGGUGGUGUUCCGUAUCUGAUUUACACAUUUACAGAUAAUGAAUUUCUCUAUUCACUUGGCGUGGUUUCGGUUACAUUUGCUGUCAAUAUAGAGAAAUUAGUUAUUGUAUAUCUUGAUCGAGAAAUUCGAAAUAUUGUUAGGAAUUAUUUUUGUCAAAGACAGACUCGAGUUAUACCUGUGACACUGAAUGCCAUGUUUACUGUUCGUCAGUUAGGAUCUUGA